CCUUGCAUCUUAUCAUCUCUUUCUCUCUCUAAAAAGUCAGCGCCUUCUCUCUCUCUUUCUCUCUCCUCAAAAAACAUCAUUGUACAAAAACAGACACUUUCAGACCUUGUCUCUAACGGUUAUGGACUCAGAUUGGGAUCUAUAUGCUGUUGUCAGAGGCUGCACCACCUCAACCUCCACCACCACCUCCACCGCCACCGCCACCGCCGCCGCAACAACAACAACAACCAGUACUACUACUACUACACCUUCUUCAUCUUAUUUCUCUAUUUACCCUGCUGAACAAUCAGGCCAAGUUUUAUCAAUUUCAAACCCUUAUGAACAAUCAAGAAGUUCCGUAGAAUUGCAUGAACUUUGUAAACCUUUCUUCCUCAAAUCACAACCUCUCUCUUCAAAUUCAUUCUCUUAUUCAUCACCAUCACCAAAAUCAUCAGGUCAAACAAAACAACAGCUGCUUAAUAAUAACAAGCAGCCUCAUCAUAGCGGUUCUGCUACAACACCAAGAUCUAAAAGAAGAAAGAUUCAGCAUAAGAAGGUCUGUGAAGUACAAGCUGAGAAUCUUUCAUCUGACAUAUGGGCAUGGAGGAAAUAUGGUCAAAAACCCAUCAAAGGUUCACCAUAUCCAAGAGGAUAUUAUAGAUGUAGCAGUUCAAAAGGGUGUUUAGCUAGAAAACAAGUUGAGAGGAACAAAUCAGAUCCAACAAUGUUCAUAGUAACCUACACAGGUGAACACAGUCACCCUGCUCCAACUCAUAGGAAUUCUCUUGCCGGUUCGACGCGACAGAAGCCUUCGUCACCGCAAACUGUUACUGCUGAAGACUCUUCCCAACCCUUUACAAAACAAGUUUCUCCGUUGACAUCGGAAGCUGAAGAGGAAGAGGCUACACCUUCGAAGUCGGAAAGUAGAGAAGAUUUGGAAGAUUUGAUGAAUGAUGAUGAGGAAAAUGAAUUUGAGGUAUCUGAUAUGGUUGUAACAGAUGAUUUCUUUGAAGGUUUAGAUGAAUUGACAGGAUUUGCUGGAAAAACAGUAGCAUCAUCUGGUGGUGGUGACUGUUUUGGUGACCCUUUUGCAGCUAGUAUUGCACUUCCUGCUUGUGGUGGCCAAUAAUGCUCCCUAGUAGUCCCACCACCUAUCAUGCACAGACACGAACAUCAGAUAUGACACUGACAUGUUGAUAUUCGUAAAAUUUCACGUGUCAGUAUUGUAUCAGAUAACAACGUGUGUUGGUCACCAGACAUAUAUUCAAUUUAAGUUAGAAUAUAAUUUCUUGGUUUUGUUUUUGGAGGUUAGAGGAAUUGGUACAUUUUGGAGGAAUAUUAACCAACAAUGUUUUGUGAAGGGGAGGAAAAGUUCUACCCAAAAGUAUAGAGAUAAUGUUAAAUUUAGAUUAGGCAUGUAUAUCUUUAUGUCAUAGUGAUUGUUAGCCAUACUUUUGGUAAUGUACAAACAAUUCAUUUUUCAACAUCUUUUGUUUGUCAAUGUAAUCUUUUAUAGUUAGUUGAAUUAAUAAUGGAUUAUGAAAUUAAUUUACCUAACACUUUUGCAUUGACUUUUUCUUGUCCAUCUAAGUUGUUUAUGUUUGUUGAAUUUAUAAAGUUGGUUGGAGAGCACUUUUAUGUUGACUUUUGGUAGCAAUGAUUAAUAUUGUUUGACUAUGAGAUAGAAAGGUCCAUAAUUGUUGGGUAAUAUUCCAAUUUCAAUAGUAUUAUGCUUAGCACUAAGACUUUGAUUCCAUCUUGACACCGAGGCUUGGAUUAAAGGAAGUGAUAGGGUGAGAAUAAGCUUGAUGGAGUUAGACUUUUCAUAGAUGAGUAUUGAUAGUGUAAAAUAUGUAAUAGUCCAAGUUAACUUGAAUCACUUAUAUAUGUUACUUAUUUUAAGUAUGAAUUUGACAUUUUCUUUAUAUUACCUGUUAACAUAUUGAAAGACUCAUUUUAAAAGUUAAUAGAAUCACCUUUGAGAUAUUUUAUAUUCAAUUUCAAGAAUCUAGAAAAGUUAACAUUUUUAAAAGAGAUAUUUUUUUUGUUGUUGUCUGUGUGUUUUAAAUAAUAGGAACGAAGAUUUAAUUGACGUCAAUGCAAUAAUCAUUCAAGAAUAUGCAUAAAUCGAUAAAGAACCGAUACAAAAUAAACGCAUUUCUGCAUAUUUGACACGUCUUCAACGCGUCUCUCGCAUGAUUGCAUACCAGAUAUA